UACUCCAAUAGUCCAGAAUCCCCUCUGCUUAUCUCGAAUCCACAAGUGCAGAUGAGUUAGUGCUGCUGGUGGAGAUUACUACAAGGAGAGGAAGGAUCGUCACUCCUCGUUGGUGACUGCAGUGAUCACAUCUAGUAGACGAUGGACCUGGACUGAUGGGCUGAGCCUUCCUGCCUCCUGCUCUUCAUGGUUGUAUUGUGCCACUUUGGAUCUUCCAUAUCAGUGCAGAGGAAAAAAGCUACUUAUCAUGAAAGGGAUUAGUGUAAUCAUCUACUACUUGCUAGCGGAUAUUUUGACUUUCCUGUGUUGUGCCCAGGUGAAAGGUGGACCUCACUUUGGGAGCACUGAAGUGGUUUCUGACGUCAACCUGUCCAACCCUGGAGAUCUGGAGUCAUCGGAAACCCCCCAGACAGCUGAGGGUUGCAGGGGUUAUUUCGAUGUCAUGGGGCAAUGGGACCCUCCAUUUAACUGCAGCUCCGGGGAUUUCCUCUACUGCUGUGGUACUUGUGGCUUUAGGUACUGUUGUAAGUUCAAUGAGGCCAAACUGGAUCAGAGCAUCUGUACCAACUACGACAGACCCAUUUGGCUGCAGCCGGGGAAGACCCCGCCAAAGAUUGACGACCCCCUGCACGACCCGACCAGGGAUAAAACCAAUUUGAUCGUCUACAUCAUUUGUGGAGUUGUAGCCGUCAUGGUCCUGGUUGGGAUAUUCACUAAACUUGGGCUGGAGAAAGCACAGAGACCUCAGAGGGAAAACAUGUCAAGGGCUCUUGCUGAUGUGAUGAGACAACAGGGCCAUUGCUCUGCAGACCACAUGGAGAGAGAUGCAAACCUUGUAGUUCACAUGCAGCAUUAUGAAACCAUGCAAUCCCGACCAUCUGCCAACAACUUACACUUCAUUGGAUUCUUCUCUACUUUCAAACUUUUCAAGUCCACACAGGUCGAUCCACCCAGUCAGAAAUGCAAGGUAUUUGGUAAGUUGUAUCUUCUGUUUGAUCAGUUGCCAUGGCACCAUUGAACAUCCUCUCCCUGAACGUUCAGGGCAUAAUUGUUCCACAGAAAAGGACUAAGGUAUUUUGCAUGUUACAAUCACGAAGGGCACACAGUGUGUGCUUGCAAGAAACACAUUUCACAAAAGAAUCCACUCCCAAAUUCAUGUCUCCCUCAUACCCACAAUUUUUCACUGCAAAGGGGAAUUCUAAUAGCGUUCCAUAGAUCUACUCCAUCCACUCUUGCAAAAGACAUUACAGAUCCAGAAGGUAGAUACAUAUUACUGAUGGGUCAUAUAAUGGAUACUCCCGUCAUGAUAUUCUCGUAUUAUGCCCCCAAUAAGCAACCCAACUCCUUUCUUUCCCAUCUAAUGAAAUUGAUCAAUGACCAUAAAUCAAAUAUCGAAUCUAAAACAGAGAACAUUUACCCUUUCCCCCCAUGUUAGCUGGGGCAUUCAAUACAUUAUUAAUUGGACACUCCUUUACACAAGAAUCAUUAUUGGCAAUUGUCUGCAUGAUUCCAAAACCACACACCGAUGACAUCUCAUGUACAAACUACCAUCCCAUCUCUCUCUUGAAUCUGGAUAUCAAGCUGUUGGUAAAAAUGAUGGCUAAACGCCUUAAUGGUAUCAUAAAUAAACUUAUACAUAGAGACCAGGUAGGCUUUAUGCCAAACAGGCAAGCGGGUGACAAUGUCGGCAGAGCAAUGCUUCUUGCGCAUAUUGCCAGGAAGCGACGUAUUCCCUCAUGCUUUUUAUCCCUCGAUAUAAAGAGAGCUUUUGACAUGGUAUCCUGGCCUUAUAGGUAUUAUUCUUUCCAAAAAUGGGGUUUUGGUCCUCAUUUUAUAAAAUGGAUUGAGGGACUCUAUAACAAUCCAAAAGCAUACAUAUUAUAUGCUGGAUAUAAAUCGGAUUCUUUCAACAUUAAGCAAGGUACACGACAGGGAUGCCCAUUAUCUCCCCUCCUAUUUGUCCUAGUAUAAGAACCAUUAGCCCAAUAUAUUAGAACCAAUCCCACAGUUGCCGGCAUUGAGAUUAGAGGUUAUCCUCAUAAAAUCUGCAUGUUUGCGGAUGAUAUUUUGCUCUUCAUGUUAUCACCACAGGUGUCAGGUCCUAACCCUCUACCUAUCCUAGAUAAAUUUGCGACAUUCUCUGGCUUGGUCAUCAAUCCCAAGAAAUGUGUAGUGCUUAAUAUUUCACUUACAAAAGCAGAAUUAAUCCCAACAAAAAUAGCACUCCCCUUUUUUUGGGCAGAGAAAUCACUACCAGGAGUAAACCUUACAGCCGCUAUAACAGAUUUAUUUUCAGCUAAUUACCCCCCUCUAUUAAAACAGAUUACAAAUUUACUAAACUAAUGGUCCCAUCUCCCGCUGUCCUGGAGAAAUGUCGGGAUAAAUUUAAAUGUAAACACCAAUUACAAUCGGAACACAAUCCCCUCUUAUCUAUUCUUAAAAAUCCAGGGCCUGUAUUCAUAUAGAAUGGCGUAACUAUAUGCCGGCGUAGCGUAUCUCAUAUACGCUAUGCCACCGUAACUUUGA